AUGGAUCACGACAAAUCCGAGGUGGCGCUGGAGGUUUUUGCAUCGAUCCAAAGCUCCAACGGCUCGGGACUGUCGACAGAUGUGGCAAAGAUGCUAGUGAUGACGCUCACUAGCGCGCAGAAACUCGAUAAAGCGGUGCAGGUGCUGAAUCUCUGCAUCAAGCGGAAAGUCUCGCUGGCAACACCACCAAUUGCGGAGCUCUUGCAAGCCUGCUACAAGUUCGGCAAAUUUGAUACUGUAUUUAAGAUCUUUGCCCUAUACGGGCACUUCAAUUUGCCCGAGUACAAAGUAAUUGGCUGA